GUUUGUCUGACGCGUAAAGUUUUUUUCUCCGCUUAAAACAAUUCCUCCCCAACGCCGGACCCCUUGAGAUUCACUCUGGAGCUGGGCACCAUGGACCAGGAGGGGGCCCAGUACUCGGUGCAUGCCGUGUGCCGCAUCUGCCUGAACCGCCUGCCGGGCGACGGCGCUGGAGCCGGAUGCUUUGACCUCUUCCUGAUCCCCGGCCUGGCCAAGAAGCUAUGCGUGUGCACCUCGCUGGUGGUGGACCAGUCGGAUGGCUUUCCCAAGAAUCUGUGCACACCCUGCUACGCCCGGCUGGACGAUCUGCAUGAGUUCCAGAAGCUGUGCGUGGACUCGGUGCAAAAGUUUCAGGAUCUGGUGGCCAGGAACGUUUUCUGCAUGCCUCAGAGCGGGCAGAUCAAAACCUUUGACAUGCUGAAUGUGGCUGGAAAUGGGGCUGACAUGGUGGGCCCAGAGGAUGAGGAUCGCAUCAACUUUGACCCGCUGCUGGAUCACAAAAUGGAGCUGAUCGAAAACGAGGAGGAUGUGUUCAAGAUGCUGGAGCAUGUGGACAAGGAGGUUGAGGAAGUGGAAAAGCAAGUCAAGCACGAUGACGGCGAUUUAAUGGCUUUUCUCGAGACGAAUUCCUCCUCGGAGAGCGAGAGCGACCACGACCAAGAUGUGGACUUUGAGCCCAAUAGCAGCGACGGCGACGAUGACUUGCCCCUGGCACAGCGCAUGGCCAAACCCAAGGCCAAGCGAGCCUCUGUUAAGGUAGAGGAAGAGGAAUUUCUCUCUGGCUCCGAGGUGGAGGCGGACGAGGAGGGGAGUAAGACUAAGUCCAGGCGUAGGAGGGUACCACCUGGCGAAAGGCACCUGCACCGCAUCAUCGACUGCCACAUUUGCCACCAAAAGUUCAAAAAGGCCAUACGCUAUGAGGAGCACAUGAAGCACCACAACGACCUGCUACCUUUCCAGUGCAAAGUGGAGACCUGCAGGAAAGGCUUCACCACCGCUGGCGGUUUGAGGCUUCACAUUGACCACGCCCACACGGAGCUGUCGGAGGUCCACAACUGCAGCUUUGAGGGCUGCGGCAAGUCCUUCCCGCGCAUCCGUCUACUUACCUUCCACAUGAAAAAGGUGCAUGGGAUCACAAAGGCGGCAGCGCCGCCACGGGAUUACCCCUGCUCCGAGUGUGAGAAGGUGUUUCGGUGUCCAAUGGCCCUCAAGAAGCACAUGUACAAGCACGACGGCAAGGAGUUGCCCUUUCCCUGCAACAUCUGCGGCAAGAGGUUCGUCAUAAACAGCGCUCUAAAGGAUCACCUGAUGCGGCAUGCAGGGAUUAAGAACUAUGUCUGCCCCUACUGUGGCGUUGGAAAGACCACCAGGCAGGAGUGGAACACCCACAUCCUCACCCACACGCAGGAGAAGAAGUUCAAGUGCCACAUCUGCGAGCAUGCCUCGCACAACAAGCAGAGCCUGGCCAACCACAUCAAGAUAGUCCACGAGAAGAUCAAGAACUACGCCUGCCAGUACUGCGGCAAGACCUUUGGCAAGUCGCAUGCCUGCAAGAUCCACGAGAUGACACACACGGGUGAGAAGCGCUGCGAGUGCAAGGUCUGUGGCAAGAAGUUCCUCUAUCCCAAGAGCCUGACCAAGCACCUGAAGACCCACGAGAAGCGUGUGCUCCGAGCCAUCGAGACCUAUCGCCAGCGGCAGGUGGAGAUGGGCGAGACAGCGGGCGAGCAAUUGGUUUCAGCUCCAGCCGAGCUCCAGUCGUGCCUGCCAGUCGAGGGCUUAGGAAGCAGCGAACCCGCCAUCAAUGCCGCCGACGAGCUGCUCAAGGUAUGUGCCGAGUCGGUGGCCACCAUACCCAAAGAUCCGCGUCGCGUUCAGCGCGUGGACAUAGCCGAGCUGGCCGGCACCGCUGUGAAUCCCAUACCCUCUGUCUCAGUGCCCUCCUGGUCGCCGCAGGUCAACUUCACCAAGAAGGAGGGCAAGCAUAUUUGUCCCGGCUGCGGUCAAGGUUUCAAUAACAUCGGGAACAUGAAGCGACAUUACAAGAUCAUCCACGAGAAGGUCAAGGAUUUCGCCUGCCGCUUCUGCCCCAAGCGUUUCGCCAAGGCCCAGACUUUGAGGCAUCACGAGUGGAUUCAUACGGGUGAGAAACCCUUCGAAUGCAAGACCUGCGGCACGCAUUUCCGCCAGGAGACGGCCUUGAAACGCCAUCAGCGCACCCACGAGAAUCGUCCGCCCGUUAUCUCGCCCAAGUUCUAUGCCGCCCGCGAGGAGCUGGAGGAGCAGGAGCGGAGCAAGCGGGAGGCCAAGCGGCAGGCAGAGGCCAAGAAACGGGAAAUAGCCGAGGCAGCCAAGGAGCAGCUAUCCUCGCUGCACAAGCUGGAGGGCGCCAGCGGCCUGCACUCUUAUGGUGAGUACCAAGAGGCGGCGGCGGAACGUGCUGCUGCUUCCGCCGAACUCCAGGCCCAGCAGUUCGAGGAGAAUGCGGUGAAGCGGCGUGCAGACGAGGAGCGUCAAAAGAUCCAGGAGGCUGCCUACGAGCAACUUCAACGACUGCAGCAGCAGCAGGAACUGGACAAGGUGCAGGCCUCCUACGAUGGCUACUACGCGCAGAAGGUGAACGUGGAGGGUAGCAGCACUCUGGACGCCUUGAAGAUGGACCAUGUGUGAGAAACGUUUGUGGCGUUUAACGCGGGGAGAACAGAUGUAAAUGAAGAGCAAUAUUUUAUAUUUUACAGAUAUAUUUUGCUUAAAAUGGAGUUAACUUAGGUGUAAGCUUAAAGUUAUAAAGAUUAUAUAGAAUAUUAUAAAAAAUACUGAUAAGACCUAA